AGUAGCAUUUUAAUAGUCUUUAUCAGAGAUGUAUAUGUGUUAUAUAUGUCUCUGAUCAAAUGUAUGGUGAGGUUAUUGAUUACAAGAUCGUCGACUGUGAAAAGAAAAUGAAUUUACCAGCAGCCAGAUAUACGCAUUAAGCUGAUUUUUUGGUUUCAUGUGAAUGGCUGUAGUAACCAGGUUGUGUCUUUCAGUAACCCUGCUACUGGGGAUACAUUUUGUUGUUGGUGAAAAAUAUUCAGAUUACCUGUUGUCAGGAGAGACAGGAAAAUUUAUCUUUAAAACAUCAAGUGAAGACGAACAACUGUGUCACAUUUGUCCGGAUGAUGUUUAUGGCCAAUGUGGAGUAGGUGGUAUCAACUUGGCCUGUAAAGAACAAAAUGAAAUCAACAAAACCUCAACACAAUAUCCCUGGUGUAACUGUGGUCCAAUUGUAGGUUGUAACUCACUGCCAGAAUAUGACAAUGGAAGGUACAGGUGUUGGCCGUUUGGAAAAGUUACUGGAUCUGUGUACCAGACAUGUGUACCUGAGUGUGUGGCUGGGUUCAUUCUGUCCAAGGGUAACCAGCUGAGAUGUGGGGAGAACAAACAGUGGAAUGAGACUGUGGUGCCACCUAUAUGUAUACAAGACACUCCAAAGUUAGUAGUGACACUUCCCCCUAUAAGGAACCAAUCAGCUUCAAUACGUUUACCACCUAGCAGUGGUGUGCAACCAGAAAAUGGAACAGAUCAGCACAGAGACUCAGAUGUGUUAAAUCCAGAUUUGAUUGUGAUAUUAGCUGUAGUGAUCGCUUGCGUGGUUGUAUUUGUGAUUGGGUUACUACUAAACAAGUUUAAGAAGAGAUUGUGUUGUUGUCCAAGAGGAAGAACGUACACAGGCAGAGGGGAACCUCCUGAAAGUAUUGUUGUUGUGACUUCUACAGAUCCUUCUUCACAUGGAAGUUAUGAAGAUAUCCCUGAGGAAAAACAUUCCCUUCUUUCAGUAACCACUGAAACACGUGAUGUGAUUGAAGUAAAAGAGAAAAAAGAAAAUUCUGAAAGUUCUGGUUUAGGGUCUGCAGGAAGUCACUUGGAAGAUGGAUAUACAAUCUAUCCUCACUUGCCAAGUGGUCCAAUUUCUUUACCAAGGAGUUGGGUCUCUAGUCCAGACAUGGCAGUCGCUGAAGAACAAGACCAGCAGCACAGCAUCCCAAAAAGUGGUUCUCGUUUGUCAGAUUCAGAACUGUGUUUACAAUCUGCUGAAUGUUUGACGGACUUGAAUGAACUUCAUACAUUGGGUUCAAGACGUGGUCCUGUUGGUUGUGAUUCCUUGGAUACACCUGCUGUUAGUCAGGCAGGACAAGAUGAUUCUGAAUUUCUCUUCACUCAACAAGCUGUGUUGUGUAAUUCAAAUGGAAAGCACUGUGAAGACCAAGACAGUAAUCAAAUACAAACCAAUUCUGCAGAAUCUCCUCCAGUACCUCCUCCUGUGACAAGUCAAGCCUCACCUGUUCCAUUGAUGGGAGAAGAUGACCUUCUCCAAAGAGGUGGUCACCAGCGAAGGGAGACAACUGAUCCUUAUCGCACUGGUGGUCACUAUCAGCAUGAAGCUUCUGCAGACCUCCAGAGAUGUGAUGUAUCAGUAAUUGGUUCAAGACGUGGUCCUGUUGGUUGUGACUCCUUGGAUACACCUGCUGUUAGUCAGGCAGGACAAGAUGAUUCUGAAUUUCUCUUCACUCAACAAGCUGUGUUGUGUAAUUCAAAUGGAAAGCACUGUGAAGACCAAGACAGUAAUCAAAUACAAACCAAUUCUGCAGAAUCUCCUCCAGUACCUCCUCCUGUGACAAGUCAAGCCUCACCUGUACCAUUGAUAGGAGAAGGUGACCUUCUCCAAAGAGGUGGUCACCAGCAAAGGGAGACAACUGAUCCUUAUCGCACUGGUGGUCACCAUCAGCAUGAAGCUUCUGCAGACCUCCAGAGAUGUGAUGUACCAGUAAUUGAACCUGGUGAAUGUAUGACAUUUUGUGACUUCAGAAAUGAACGGAAUGCUCUAGAGUUCUUUUCAAGCUUAGAUACAAUAUUGGUAGCAGAUCCUUGUCAAACACAAAACUGGUUGGGAGUUUCCUGUUGGAUUUUGCACCAAUACAAUAUAGAACACUUGCCUGAGUGUCUUACAGGAUUGAAAAUGACCAUGCAAAAUCCACCUCCAGGAAAUGCCUACUUUGCCUCUGUGAUAAAUAACUACUUUGUGAAGCUUGGUAUUAAGUUGGGACAAGUGUUAUAUUUUUAUACACAGAAAUAUCCUCAUUACAAGAUCAAACAGGUCUUUCAGCAGCACCAUCCUAAGUGCCAAUACUGUGAACAAUUUUAUGACAAGGUUUAAUUAAUAUGAUACAUA